UGUAGGCACGAAUCAGAAUUUAUUGGAGACAUUGUUAGAAAAAUAUCCGCAAAAUUAUGUCAAACGUAUCCACUUGUUCAUGAUGAGUUGGUUGGAAUUAGUUCACGCGUGGAAGAGUUGUAUUCGAAAAUAGAGAUCGGGGAAGAUGAUGUCCGCAUUAUAGGAAUUUGCGGAAUGGGCGGCAUUGGUAAAACAACUCUCGCAAGAGUUGUUUACGACCAAACGUCGUCUCAUUUUCAAGUUAAAGGCUUCAUCGCUGAUGUUCGAGAAUUUGCAGGCAAAUUUGGACUUGUUUCUCUACAGAAACAACUUCUUUUCCAGAUCUUGUCUGAAGAAGGUUUCAAUUUUUUCAAUGUUCAUGAAGGGAAUGCCAUAAUUAGCCAGAGGUUGUCUCACAAAAAGGUUCUUGUUGUUAUUGAUGAUGUGGAUAAUGAACAACACUUGAAAUGCUUGGUUGGAAGGCGUAAUUGGUUCGGUUUAGGAAGCAGAAUCAUUGUAACAACAAGAGAUGAACAUUUGCUCCAAUCUUACCGAGUCGAUGACGUGUAUAAGCCUACAACAUUGAAUGACAGUGAUGCACUUCGGCUUUUCAAUUUGAAACCUUUUGAUAGUGAGACAGUAUCGGAAAAUGUUUUCAUUGAGCUUUCUAAACAUGUUGUAGAAUAUGCAAGUGGCCUUCCCUUAGCUCUUGAAGUUUUGGGUUCGUUUUUGUGUGGUACAGAUGCAACUCAAUGGAAAAGUGCAAUCAAAAGGCUUGAAAAAGAUUCUAACAAAGAAAUUCUCGACAAGCUUCGAAUCAGCUUCGAUGGAUUGGAAGAAAGGGAGAAGAUAUAUUUCUAGAUAUAGCAUGCUUCUUCAAUGGGGAGGAGAAAGAUUUUGUAAUCAAAGUAUGGGAUGGUUGUGAGUUUUUCCCGGAUAUUGGAAUCGAUGUUCUCAUUAAGAAGUCUCUACUAACAGUUAAUGAAAAUAACAAAAUUGUGGAUGCAUAACUUGCUACAAGAAAUGGGAAGAAAAAUUGUUAGGGAAAAAUCUAUUGAGGAACCUGGAAAACGUUGUAGAUUGUGGGAGGAAAAAGGCGUCUAUCAUGACACUGCAACAGAAGGGAUUGAAGGCAUGAUCAUUGACAAUAAAGGGGAAUCGAAGAAGAGGCUCAAUUUGAAUGUGGAUGCCUUCUUGAAGAUGAAAAAUUUGAGAUUGCUCAAAGUCCUUUGCCUCUCAAACUGUGAUGAUCUGAAAUAUCUUUCUAAUGAGCUUCGACUUUUAGAUUGGACAGGAUAUCCUUUAAGAUUCUUGCCUCCAAGCUUUCAACCCGACAACCUUGUUGCUCUUCUCUUGCCAUACAGUCGUAUCGAACAACUAUGGAAGGGAAACACUCUCUUGUUCAAGUUGAAAGUGCUCAACCUCAAAGACACCAGACUUCGCGACAACCCCAAAUCUGGAAAUUUUGAUAUUGGAGGGUUGAAUAAAAAUAGUAGAUGUUCAUUCCUCGAUCGGAGUUCUUUCGAGGCUUCAACUUUUGAAUUUAAGAAGCUGCAAAAGUCUUAGGAAUCUCACAAGCAAAAUAGGAGGGUGCAGUUCUCUAAAAAGUCUUGAUCUUUCUGGUUGUUAUAAAGUUGAGAAUUUACCAAAGAAUUUGCAGCAAGUUGAGUUUCUGGAAGAGCUUGACUUGAGUGGAACAGCCAUUGCAAAACCGCCUCCUUCAUUUUCCAAUUUAAAAAUCUUAAAGUUCUGUCUUUCAAUGGGUGCAAGGGAACAUCAUCUAAGUUUGGAACAAAUCUACCUUCUCUUUUCCAAGUUUUCCGAAGAGGAAGUAUAGAGUCCUUGCCUCUAAUGUUACAUUCAUUGUCAGGUUUGACUUCAUUAACUAGCUUGAAACUAAAGGACUGCAAUCUUUGUGAAGGAGAUAUUCCUAGCGAUAUUUCUUGUCUAUCCUCUUUGAUAACUCUUGAUCUCAGUGGUAACAAUUUUCGUCAGCAUACCUUCGUCUCUUUUUCUACUUUUCAAGCUUCAAUAUCUUGGAUUGUCAAAUUGCAAGGAGCUUAGAUAUUUGCCUUGGUUUACAAUUACAGAAGGUGUAAACAUAGAUGGUUGUUCUUCUCUGGAACUAGUUCCUAAUAAGGUAUGUAAUUCAGUGGGUGGAGCACGGUUUAGGGGUCUUCACUGCUAUAGAUUGGCUGAGAAUAUCAAUGCUUAUACAUUACAUAUUAAGCAACAUGUAAUUUCAAGAAAAGGGUUUGAUGCUGUUGUACCUGGAAGUGAAAUCCCAAAAUGGUUCAGCCAUCAAACAGUUGACUCGUCAAUCAAGAUACCACUGCCUAACAAUAUUUGGAAUGAUUGUCAAUGGAUGGGAGUUGCUUUCUCCUGCAUUUUUGUCGAUGAUGAUGCUUUGAGGGAUGAGGAACUCACAUGUGAAGUUGUUAUUCAUCAUAGAAAAUCUGGACAAGCUAGUUGUGAUGGAUCUGUUUCUUGGGUUAAAAAUCAUCAGCAUGUCAUAUGGAGAUGCUGGAUUUUUAAUAAA